AUUGUUUGUAUAUUAUUCUUGUAUUAUAAUCUGGAUAGUUGUAUUCUAUAAGACCCCGUGAGUAGAUCUACGCACUGGCAGCAGCCUGUGAGUGUGAGCAAAGCCCAACCCGAACUAUUCGACCACUUUUAUCGACUCAACCAACUUCCUCUUCCUGGACCUCGGUCGCUUUCGUCUCCUCCUCCGCCUUUUCAUCUUCCUCCUCGACUCUUCUCUUCUUCCUCUUCCUCUUCCCAUGCUCCUCCCUCACGCAAGACCGCUCUUCCGGUCCUCCCUCCGCCGCUCAAUGCCUCUCCGCGCAAAGAUCACAAACACCGCCUUUCUCCGGAUGGAGUCCACCGCCGCUGCUUACGUCCCCGACGACGUGCUUUUCGAGUCCGCGGCCUUGACCAGGUUCAUCAAGCUCAACCGUCCGAAAAAGCUCAAUGCGCUCAAUCUGUCGAUGGUCGAGAAGAUCAUCCCGCGGUUGACCGCUUGGAGAGAUACCGCUGCCGCGGUGGUCGUCAUCAAGGGCCUCGGUGGCCGCGCUCUCUGCGCCGGCGGCGACGUUGCCUCUCUGCUCGACGUCGCUCCCGAGGAUUCGUCCGCGUUCUUUGUUGACGAGUACCUUCUCGAUUCCCUCAUUGCUACCUAUCCCAAGGCCGUUGUCGCCAUCAUGGACGGCAUUACCAUGGGCGGAGGUGCCGGAUUGUCGAUGCACACGCCGUUCCGAAUCGCGACCGAAAAGACGGUGUUUGCGAUGCCGGAGACGCUCAUCGGAUUCUAUCCCGACGUCGGCGCAGGUUUUUUCCUCUCCCGGCUCGACGGCGAGCUCGGCACGUAUCUGGCGAUGACGGGCGAGCGCCUGAACGGCUACGACGCCUACAUGGCUGGCGUUGCGACGCACUUUGUCAAGAGCGACAAUCUGCAGGACGUGGAGGCGCGCAUUGUGGAGCUGAGCGGGCGCGCGGAUAUGCUCGACUCGCCUGAGGACCCGCUCGGAGUGAAGAAGCUCAAUGCGCUGCUCAACGGUGGAAUUGAUGACUUCCAGGUGCCGGUGCCGGAAGGAUACGAGUACACGUUUGGCGGCCAGACCGGCGAUGUUAUCGACCGCUGCUUCUCACACUCGUCGCUUGAGGAGAUCAUGAAGGCUUUGGAGGCCGAUGAGAGCGAAUUUGCAAAGAAGACACUGGAGACUAUGAAGCUCCGGUGCCCGCUGUCGAUGAAGGUCGCAUUAGAGCUCGUGCGAACGAGCCGGAACAUUAGCAUCAGGGAUAUGUUCAAGCGCGACAUGCACCUGGCGCACCACUUUAUGCGACAGGGCGAGUUCAAGAAGGGCGUGACCUACCGCGUGGUUGAGAAGCAGAACGGCCGGGCGGACUGGGCGGAAGCACCUUCCGACAGUGAGAUCAAGAGUGUGUAUUUCAGCGAAGAGCUGGCUGAGGAGUAUAAUAAUGUCUACGAGAUGCUCGACAGUUUUGAGACGGGCGACUACCACGAGUACCCGUACCACAACGGCCUGCCGAGCGAGAGCGACGUUCGCGAGUACGUGCUGGGCGAGAGCGAGGACUCGGGCCCGUAUCUGCAGACAAAGGAGGAGGUGAUUGCGCACUUUGAGCUCGACUUCAACGGCAAGGCGGGCGUGCGCGAGAAGGUCGACGACAUUCUUUCGCGAAAAACAAAGGUGGUGAGGGGCGACGAUUCUGAGAUUCUGAUAAACUGGGUUUAGUGGGUUUUAGUUUAUUAGUUUUUGGUGAUGACGAAGCUGUUUUGAGAGUACAUGUUAACAACUUAUAUGAUGUAUAUAUAUUCAUAAUAUCUAUUGCAGAUUGCAAGAGGCAUAAAUAAGCGCAGAUCUUUUGUCACAUGUGGCCGCACGACAGCCACCGCCACGCAAGCGCAGAAUAAGACGAGGACAGGAGUAGAUUGAGCGGGUACUACUGCGGAUAGUAAUUGUAAAGAGUAUUUAACGAACAGAAGACGCAAACAAAGGAGGAUCCGAGUUAGGAAAUAGCAUAACUGUGUAUAAACCACACUACUUGGAACCCCAACACAAAACCCAAACCGCAGAUAAACCGGCCAAAGAUAAUAAAC